AUGAUUCCGAAUCGAAUACAACAACUCAACAACGUUGUUCAACGAGUCAGUGAGCCUGAAACCACCAAAGUGCCCGUAUCUAGGUGGCCGUCGCCUUUCGGAUUUCGGCCCUGUCUUCACUUAUUGGGCGUGCUUGGAGCGGUAGUCGUUAUCACAUUGAAUCUCAGCUACGCCUGGAUUGGUAAAGAGCUCACGGGAAAACCCCAAGAUGAUGGAAGGAAGUUACUCGCCCUGCAGCUUACUGCAAAGUUGCAUGAGCUACUCAUGAAUGCUUCUUUAGCGAAUAUCCUAUCCUCCAUCGUUCUUGAACAACUGGUCCUUGGAAGUGGAGUUCCCCUUGGAGCCUUGGGCACUGCGUUUCUCUUUCAUGAUAUCUCUUUUCUCUGGUCCAAGGAGUUGAUCGCUAUUUGCAUUGCAAAGUUUAAAGGCAAAGCAUAUAUCCUUCCGUUAACGAUACUUUGCACAAUACUUGCGGCUACGAUUGGUCCCUCGUCUGCGACAGUCAUGACCCCUGUUCUGACUGAAUGGCCGGCCGGGAAUAUUCGCUUUACGUUGAAUGCAACUAAAGAAGAAUUAUGGCCUUCUUUUCUUUCUGAGGCCACGAUAUCAGACAUGGAGCCCUACACAUCCGCGUCGGCACCAGGGAGUACUGAUACUACGUGGAAAUCGAUCGCUGACAAUAUGCUACGCUUUUGGGGCCAUGAAACCUUAGGAGGGGUCUUCGCAUUACCAGAAAGUGCUAAAGUUGCUGGCAAAUCUUCCGUUCGUACCCUAAAUUCUCGUUUACGUGGGCCCUUAACACUAUAUCAGCCGGAGUAUACCGCGACAACGAUCCAAACCGCUAUAACUGCAGAUGCUCUUAAUGCUCUUCGCCUGGAUUGGUUUCCUGCAAAUGCCUAUCGAUGCACUUGGGCAGGUUAUAGGCUUACUCGAGGGAUUUGUACAUACCAGGACAUUCACUGGUCGAUAAAUACUCACCAACCAGUCGUAUAUACAGCAUGCACCAGGACUUCAACAAUGACGGCAACUUCGUUUCCCACUCUGGCUCGUGGAGAGGAUGGCCCAAAAGCAGCUACGGUUAAUAUCAACUCCAACUUUGAUAAAGAUAGCGGCAAUUCUUCCGCCCUAGAAUGGAUCGACUUAGAAGGUCCUGAAUUCUCAAGGACGUCUGUCGGCGUCUUGGUUUCGACCAAUAUAUUUAGUGGUUCUCCAACUCCUGAAACGUAUGCGUGUAGUAUUGAUGCUCAAUGGGGAGAUGCCACAAUUCGGACUUCCUUCUUAGGACUUCCUUAUGCCGUCGAUGGCGAACCUCCUGAGUUUUACGAGCCAUCUAUUCACGCCAGCAGGUAUCACGGCAGGCGGAUAACAAUAUCUCCAGAAUGGGCGGCACAAACAUUUUCGUCCCUGCUUUCCAAUACUACGGGCACGAGUAUUUUCGACCAGCUCCUCAUGACAAGCGCUUUGCCAUCCCAUGCAUACAACGCAUCAAAAGUCGAAGCAGUACUAGCCAUCGCUUUAACAGAGCAAAUGGCUAGGAUCAAAUCUCGAGCCCCCAACCAAAUAAUUAGUUCUGAUGCUAAUAAGGUCCACUUUUCAGCUAAGACCGAAUCGGAUAACACAGUGCAAGCUUCAAGGCACCACAAUUUUACACUAGAGGUCACAGUCACGGGCUAUGGCUAUGGACUACGCACAGCAGGUGGAAUCUCUGUUUCAUCGACUCUAGCGAUUGUUACCCUAUUUGCAUACACUUUAGUUGUGGCUUUUCAUAUGAUGCGCCAACUUUCUUCACGGUGUUAUGUUAAUAGUUGGAACAAUUUCAUUGAUAUUGUGGUACUUGCUCUCAACUCUCCUGCAGGUGCGGACAUGAAAAAUACAAGUGCGGGUGUGAAGACUUUGGGUGUGCUGGGAUUCCUCACAAGCUUCAGAGCUCAAAAUGGUGCUGUUCAAAUGGUGAUCGGAGAGAAGCAGACAUCAAAAAACGCCCUAACGGAGAAAUUGGAAAGAGAGGUUCCAUAUCGGUAG